AAGCUGUCCAGGAGGCAGAAAAGAGACAGCAGAGAAGAGAGCAGGAAGCAGCUUCCCGGCAAGCCAGAAUACAAGCCGCCGAGAAAGCUGCCGAGGCAGCCAAUGAAACAGCCAAUGGAACCAUCAGGCUGGACAAAGUCAAAGAAGGAAAGCAAAAGGAGGUGCUUGCUCAGAACGGAGUUCUGGCAGCCAAGGAGCCUGCGAAAGAUCUUGCCAGGGAGCCGGAGACAGCAGAGCGAGACGGUGGAUCCCACCCACAGGUGCGAGAUGGUGUGCAAGACGAGUCUCUUGUGAGAUAUCUGCUCGAGGUCAAAAUUGUCUCGGCGCGGAACAUCCCUGCAAGUGACCGACAGCAAUUUGUUGUAGGAUUGGCGAGGUGCGAGAACCCUGUGAAAUUUCGCACAAAGACGUCAAGCACCAGAGACAAAGCUGUGUGGAACCAGGCCUCCAAACUUCAGAUUGGUCAUGGGGACUUCCUGACAUUUAGAGUUCAAGACAAGGACUCUGAAGAUCCCAUGUCCUUCAUUGCACAAGCCAAACUCCAGUUCGACCUUAUGAUCCCCUCAGGUUUUGAAGACGAGCUUCCUUUGGAGGAUGUCAGUGGGAACAAGGUUGCUGGUGCAGGCCUCAAGGUUCGUGUGCGCGUCCAAGGAGCUCGCAACGCAGGCCAGGAGGCAUGAUACCGUUCGAGGUCAGGCGUGCUCAGUACAGCCUGAUGCACGACGGCAGAAGUCUAAAUUGGCAGUAGGUUGCACGAUGUUGCACCAUGUCACUACCACCACAUCAUCAUUCCCAACGCGUCAAGC